CUUGUAUGCCCUUUUUGUUUGUUAAAAUUACACGCUUAAUAUAUAUCCCGCAUUGAUGUAAUCCUUGUCUAUUAAAUCAUUGAUUGUAUAAUUACGUCGCGAACGACACGCAUAGUUGAACCGAUAUCGCAAUAAAACGCCGAGCGAAUUUAAAGAGAAAUGGAAUUUUGUUAAAAUCGCUUGCUAGAUCGUAUUAACAACUGACAAUGGAUAUUAUGGUCAGAAGGAUUCAAUCGACCCAAGCGGUGACAAACUCUGUGUGAAAGGUAUAUUUCUUUGUUGUGAUUUUCCCCCUCAUAGGGUCGAAUAAACAUAAUAUCGUCUGACUCGCUGUUGAGACUUUGUUGGGUUUAGAUUACAACUCUAGCCCCAGUGUUAGCAUAAUAUUUACGCAGAAGGGGUAAUGGUAUUGGGUUCCCGAGUUCACUUCAGGAAAGGCAAGGUAAAUUUACGACCAAACUGAACACCGGAUCGAUUGUUAUAGAAACUAUAAAGAUUUUAAGGUAUUUAAAUCGGCUAAUAUACAAUUGAUAUUCUCAGGCAUGUUGUGUUGUAAUAUUAUUAAAAGGCUAGGCCUAGGGUCAAAUAGAUAGGUUUCUGCAAUUGAAACACAAGGCAGAAGCGAAGUCUAGGGUAGUAUUUGUAAUGAAAUUAUUUGCUGGGCUAUAAUAUUUUUAACUAAAAAUGGGGUUCACUCGUGAAUUCACUAUAAACACUAUCGGGCAGCGACAGGCGACAGUUAUAAGAGUGAGAAAAUAAUGUUAAUUCUUUUCUAUAGAUAUAGUGGUUUUGAGUUUGAUAGCAAAUAAAUAGAAUUGACAUAUAUAUAUAGUUUGAAUUAUUUGCAUUCUCCUCUUCUGAAUUUGGCCACAGUCCAUCUGGUGUGUCCUUGCGCGGCACUUAUCUCUGAAACCCACCACGAUUGUCAAGGAUAUAUUAUUUAAGAGCUAGCAGUGUCAAUGUCAAUGACAUUGUCAGAAAAUGAAGACUGCAAUUAAAGCGGUGAAUUACUGAAUUAGCCUUUCUUACGAUGACGAAUAUCCGCCAUUUUUGGGUGCCAUCUAAUUCUCAUUUUUCAAAAUAAACUAACCAUUUACAAAGGCAAAGCAAAUUUACCAUCAUUCGUCCAAAAAAUAUAUAAAAGGUCGCUUUUAUGUGGACUUAUCUCGCAGACUUCGGCUGAAACCCACCCAAAAAUGGCGGCGUGAGAAAGGCCAAUUGAUUAUUCCAUUAACUAUGUAGAAAUAUUCCGAGGUAUCCAAAGCAUGCAUGCCAAGAUAUGGCAAAAGAUUUAAAAGGCAAGGAGUGUGGGCGAUUGCUUUUACAGAUGAAACGUACAAAUAUAACGUACAAAAUUCACACUUGCCAAAAUUCUCACAAGCAUGCGAGGAAAAUUGUUAAACUCCGUGGGAAUAUGGCGACAAAUUCCCCGGCAAACGAUCUCGUAUCAUUUCUAUUUGAUUUUCCCCGAGAUUGCCAGCUGAAAAUAAUCGUAUGUCUCAGACUAUUUUCUAUAGAUGCAUUCUGUGCAAUUUUGAAAUAUUUUCCAAUAUUUUACUUGCAACUGUAAAAAUAUGCACUGCUGGUAAAUUGGUUAAAAAUGCGAUUGAUGAAUGGUCCUUCGCUGAAUGGAAAAAGUGUUUCACUUAAUUAUUCAAUUCACAAAAACGUGAGGAGACAUUAUAAACAGUGGCCAUGCUGCGUUAUUGAUGGGCGCAGGAAUUAUUCAAAAAUGUGCUCCCAUUUCGAAUUCAGCUCUUAAAAGCCCAUCAUUACACGAUGAUUACGCAAAUUACGGUAAAACAUUCGUUGUUGCAACGCUUUUUGGCUACACGGGCUAGGGUUCGCAUAUUUUCCAAAUACGUGUUGAACGAAAGCGAAUACACCCUUCCGGAGUAGAAUCCCGUAUUUCCGGAUCCGCGUUUUAUCCCAACCCAUAUUGAAAGAAACGAUUUUACGAAGCCAGAUGUGCUAUUCACAGAAUAUAGUGUUUUUUUUUCCAACGUUGAAAAACACUUGAAAGGCUAUAAAACUACGGAAAUGGAUUUUACAAUUAAUACAAAGGAACUUGAAUUUAUGAAUAGUAACUUUAAUCUGGUUUAUAUCAAACAACGGACAAUUUUUAGAGCGGUUGAAAAUAUCGCUAUCCAUCUGGCCUUCGUCGAAGAUGAAAUCUUUGCCAUUUAUUACAUUUUGUCUUAAAAACCAACAAAAUAUUUAGUGUUGUCUAGGCCUAAUUACGAUAACAUUAUGCAGCUCAAUUGAGUGUUUGUUUUCAUUUCGAGAACUCAUUAGAAUAAAAUUCAACUUAUAUUUGCAUAUAUUCCACUGACGAAACUCGUUCUUCACACAAAUUUUCCUUGUUCGUGUUAUUACCUAGUCUUGCAAAUUACAUUUUACAACGAUUGAAGGUUGAACGAUAGCAUAGCCCCCUAUCUACUGAGCGGAAAGUCGCUUAGUAUCCGACAAUGGAACUCCACAUGAUAUUUGACCGAUGACAGGCGACAUUCGCAUGUCUGUGUUAAAAUAUCCGUCAACGUGACAUGCAAUGCUAAACAAAUCCUCAAAAUUGCGCUGUUAUUUUGCCCAUUGCCUAAUAUAACCUGACGUGCAAGUAUAAACCGUAUCCGAAAACAUGGGUUUUAAGUGUUAUCCUCUCUAAGACAAACUGGGAGACCUUUUAAAACUAAUUAUAUUAACCGAUACGGGGUCGUUGAGGUCAAGAAUUGGAACGUAAUCAAAUAUACAUGACACACAGACACUGCAUUUUAAAACCAGACAGCGAAAAUUUAGGAUGUCCGAUGUUGUGUGCUUUAAAACGUUUAUUUUUAUACCCGUAUAGUGUUAACAAGUCCGUGUGAGUGUUUCAAUUCGAAGCAAAUUAAGAAUGGAAGAGGACAGCCAAGGACAGGAGGCAGAGAAUGUCGGAAUCGAAGAAGCAUUUCUUCUCGAAAAGGCUGAAUUGAUGCAAGGUUUCAUGGAAGAGGAGAAGCGACUUGAAUUCGCUCAUCGCGAGGAAAUAAACGAGCUGGUCCGAGGGUUGGAAAGAGAGAAAGAGAAAAUGAAACAAGUUUUUGAAUACGAGAAACAGGAACUUCGCAAAAAUUUCGACAACGAGAAGGACAAAAUUCGCCGCGAGUUCCAAGGCGAGAAACAUGUUUUGAAACAAUCUUUCGAAGACGAUCGAAUCACAUUGAUUCGGCAACACGAGGAUGAGACCUCGAUCUUAAAGCAAGCAUUUGAACAAGAAAAGGAAGAAAUAAGAGAGGGUUUUGAGCAGCAAAUGAAAGGCAGGGAAGAAACGUUUCUUUUAGAAAAGCGAAAUUUAGAAGAGCGGCUGAAUGUUGAGAUUGACCGCGUUGCGGAAAUCGAGGGAGAAUUGAAACAGAUAUUGUUGACCGCGUUUAGUCAACUGGGGGAAUUAUACGAGGAGGAAGGCGCCAGGAUUGCCAGCGAGGUUGCAACAGAACAACCCGAAGCAGACCAAGACGUUAAGACGACUCCGACAGCAAAAUCGGAGUGCAGGAGGAGUAGAGGUUCUGCUUCCCGUGCGAGUGAAGAACGCACAGAAAUGGGGAAUAUUUUAACCAAAUGUCGCGCGGCUAUUGAACGCGAGUUUAGCUUGGAAAUGUAUGAAAUGGAACAGCGCUUUAGGCAACAGAAAAACGAUCUUAUGGAAAUCUUCAAGCUCGAGAAACGCGAUCUGGAACGGAAAACGAAACGUGAAAAACGCGAAAUCGAACGCGAAUUUGAAACGCGUUACGCGAAACAGAUUCAGCAGGAACGGUUAAAAUUCGACGCGGCGAUACAGGGGUACGAGAAUGAUAUAGCGUUGCUAAAAUAUCAGAAGGAACGAGUCGAGAUUGAAUUUAGUAUGGAAAUUGAGAAAUUGAAACUAAGACACGAACGACAGAGGGUCGAGGUCGAGAAAAAGGUACUUCGAGAAAAACGCGAACUCAAGCAACUUUUGGAAACGGAGUAUAAGGUGAACUUAGCCCAGGAGAAAGGAAGAUUGGAAUGGUUCGUACGAAAGCUCCAAGGAAAGCAGGAAUUUGGGCAGGGCAAUAGUAUUUUUAGAGAAACAUGAUGGACGUAGAAAAAAUAGGUUGCAUUCUUUUUUACAGUUGCAGCAAUGGAAGUGUUCCUAAAAUAUUCUAUAGUAUAUCUCAAAGCUUUAAAGCAUGGCACUUAUAUAUAAGCGCCUUGCUUUAAAGAUAUUUUUCUGCACUUCAAAAAAAAUGGGGAUAUACAUUAACCGAUAAAUAUAUAUAGUAAAUUGAAUGGCCGAUGUUAAUUAAAUUCAACAAUUAUUGAAUGAUGAUAUGAAGAAUUAUUUAAAGCCCAAAGUCAACCGAUACUGAAGGCUGAGGGUUAAAUUUAUUCAUAUCAGCAUUAUGACGUCAUAAUGCUCAUAUCAGCAUUAUGACGUCACUCCGUUGAAUAUUAUCUCAAACUCCAUAUUUGGUCAUCUAUGGAGUUGAUAUGACAAUUUAAAUGUUGGUUAUUAGCCAAUCAGAAACCACGAAUCUUCGAAAUAAAUAAUAUUAAUAUUUAAUGAGCUGUCUCGGUUUCAUAGUAUAAUUUCUGAAUUCAAAUUAGUUGAGG